AUGCCUCUGGAUAGUGGCAAGGAAGACAGGCGAUCAAGGUUCGGGCCCACAGACGGCCCUGAUGACGACGUGUCCCCGGUCAUCACGAGCUUCACGAUGCUGGCGAGCUUCGCGUUGAACGGUGCCUCUGCCUUGCUUAUCACGUUGUGUACCGUAGGGAGAAGCUCUCGCGGCAUUGUAGACGUCUGGGCUGCCGUCCUGAAGCCCAACACUCGGCCGCACCAGCAACAAAGCAUACCAGACAGGAGAUCAUCUCGUGUCUCUGCCUACAGUUCUUCAGGUGCUGAGAGGAGCAAUAGCUCUAGCGUGCUGAAGGCCUACUUUGAACGAUGA